AACCAAACACAGACGAAGAAGUACAUCAAUAAACCGCGCGUCGGAAAAAAAAACAUCACAACAGUCCUCGCGUUGGUUUCUGUAUCGUAAUGGCAUCCAAAAAACAGUUAAAUACACGGAAAGUAGAGAAAACCGCUUCAAGUGACUCAAAAAAUUUAUCAGCUGAAAAUGAAGCCAGCAGUGGGAAUAACAGUGGUGCCAGGAGGAAAACCAAAGCGUCGGGCACGAUUGUGAAGCCUAGAUACAUGCAAACUGAAACAAAGGCUCCUGCAAAGGGCAGUGUACAGCAGCAGUCAAUGCUGAGGCCAUCCAGGCCGUCCUCUCCCAGAGUAAGCUACCCACGAAAGCCAAAGGAAGGCAUACUGUCGAGACGUACAAUGAGCUGUCUGGCAGACAAUGACUCAGCCUUGGUCGCCAGCAUCCUGGAGUCCUCAAAUGUGGGAGGAAAUGUCUUCCAGUCCACUGUUUUGGAUGGUCACUGCAUUCGUCCAGAUUUUGAUGUCUCUGUCAUUAAUGAUAAAGUUGCGCAUCCAAACACAGUGGACCCUGAUAAUGAGGAAAGGGACAUGGCGAUGGAGACGUUUAUUUUGGCUUUCCUCACUGCUAAGAUUGAGCAUAAUACCCGAAGAUUUCGAGAGGAGGCAGAGAGGAAUAUUCUGGCAGUGAUGGAGAAAGAGCAGCAGUUGUCUGCUCAAGUUAAUCGCAAGAAGCGGCAGUAUCUGCUGCUGGAAAAGCAGAAACAGUUCAACAGUUUACUGGACUUACAGAUGGAGGCUUUAGCUCCCGUUGCUGCUGGAGCGAACACCUUUGCAGAGGACUACAAGUCAUUCGCCACUGCUAUUGAUGCCACGAGACACAAGCUUCCCGUGAAGAACGUGGACAUUGGAGACGACGCGGACCAGUUUUUAGACAAAGCUAUUGAAUCUCUGAAUCGGAGUGAGCGUGUCUUGCAACAUUUUACAAAGGACAUCCCCACUGACUGUGAGGCUUCAAAACAGUGUCUUCGAGAGAUAGAAGAUACAGCGAAUGAAAUCGGCCAACAGGUGACGAGGACGUUUUCCGAUCUUCUGGAGGUGUCCUCACUUGUAAGCCGAGAGAGUGUUUUAAUCAAGCAGUCAUUGGAGGAAGACGAGCUCGGACUGAGCACAGCCCAGACACUCUUCUGUCCCUCCACACUCUGAUACAUUAUCACAUCUGUUUACAGUUUAAUAAAUAUAACAUGCUAACCAUCAA